AUGAGAUCUCUACCAGGACACCAAUACUCAUCUUUGGCUCCUUCAAAGACCAACCUGUACUCUCCUGUCUUUAAAUCUUCGAACAGGCUCUUUGGUCGGAAAUGCAUGAUCACUGGGGGUACAUCAGGGAUUGGCUUUGCUAUUGCACAGCGAUUCUUAAAAGAAGGUGCUUCCUCGAUCAUCCUUGUCGGCAGAUCAAUAGACCGUCUUGAAGCAGCUGCAUCCCAACUUCGAUCUUCGGUUAAGAGCAUCUCAAAUAAUGAUACAGAAAGCGACAACUCAGACACUGACUCUAGCGAUGCUCACGCCUCUGAAAAGAUCCGCCUGCUUGUGGGAGACGUAUCAGAUGUAGGACCAUUGAUGCGCGAGCUUGAAAAAGAGUUGGCAAGCGUAGACAUACUCGUCAACGCAGCAGGCAUAUCCCACAACAACAUCCUCGCCAAAUCUGAUGUUUCUGACAUCUCGAAAAUACUACGCACAAAUUUGGAAGGUGCUAUACUCACCUCGCGUGCAUUUAUGCGUGCCAUCAUCCGAAUUCGAGUGCGUCAUCGCGGCGAGGCAGCGAGACAUAAUCCCUCCAAGUGCAUCAUCAAUGUGUCCUCACUGCUUGCCCUCAAAGCAGGGACUGGCGCAGUACCAUAUGCUGCGUCCAAAGCUGGGCUCUUGGGAUUGACACGGUCACUGACCGUUGAGGCAUCAGCAUCUCUGCGCAAUGUGGCAAUUCGGUCAAAUGCAAUUGUGCCGGGGUAUAUUGAGACCCCUAUGAUUUCGAAUUUCUCGGAUGGGGAAAAGGAGAGAUUGAAGGAAUUGAUCCCGCUUCAUAGACUCGGUGAUCCACAGGAAGUGGCCGACGCAGCUGUUUUUCUUGCGCAGAAUGAAUACGCAAAUAACUGCGUUCUCAACCUUGAUGGAGGAUUGAGUGCGGUCUAG